ACGCAGCGAGAGGAAGCCGCGCAGUCGGACUGAGGGAGCCGGGGGGCUGGUUCCGGGGCGUGGUUUCCCCGCCGUGAGCCAGGUGCGCCGUGCGCACUCGCGCGUUCUCUUAGAGCCUCCGUGGCAGGGGCACCUCUGAGCAGAGCUUGACCUGCGGCGUCAGGGCUUACGGAGUUACCGCGGAACCACAGCGGAAGAAGAUGCAAGCGAGCCCCAUCCAUAUCCCAACUGUUAGCAAUGACAUUGACUGGGAUUUCUGCUUCCGUAUGUCACAGCAAACCGAGAUCCCAGCUCACCAGCAAACAGAUGAGUUGUAUCCCACUGGUGGGUGUGGAGAGAGUGAAGAGGAAACUAAAGCUAAAGAGGAGGAGAAGGCCGUAGACUGUAUGUCUCAUCCCAAAGAGAAAUUAGCCCAUUCCCAGAAGAAAGUAGCUCAGCUGAUUAAGGAAAAAAUGAAUACUCAAGCAAACAAGGAGCUGAUUCGAUGUGUCAUCCUUUCUCGGAUUAUUUUUGGGGACCAUCACUGGAAAUGUGCACGAGCUCUGGCCAACCUAGCUUAUGGCUACUUGACACUGAGAGGCCUCCCAGUUCAGGCCAAGAAACAUGCUACAUCAGCCAAGAAUAUACUGUUGACCUGGAAGGCAAGUAUGACCUCAGAUAAGGAGAAAGAGGAAAUCCUGGAAGCUCUGGUCAAGCUGUACUACACUCUGGGCGUGGCCUGGCUCCUGAAGAACCGUGGCAGAGAAGCCUAUUUCAACCUGCAGAAGGCAGAGAGAAACAUGAAGGAGCUGAAAGAAUUAUAUAAAGGAGGUGAUUGUGAAUUACAAGUCUCUGAGAACGACCUAACACUUGCUUUGGGCAGAGCCUCCGUGGCCAUCCACAGACUGAACCUAGCUCUGACAUACUUUGAAAAGGCAAUUGGCGAUGUUAUUGCUGCCAAGGGUGAUAGGACGUCAGAUCUGAUCAACCUGUAUGAAGAAGCUGCUCAGAUAGAGCAGCUGAGGAAGAACCACAACCAGGCCAUCCAGUACUUGCAGCAGGCUCAUUCUGUCUGUGUUUCUUUGUUCACUGAAGUCAGCCCCAAAACUGCAGAAACGAGUGCGUUACUGGCCAAAGCUUAUGCCAUGUCUGGAGAGGCCCAGCACAGGGAUGCUGUUGAGAUGUAUUUCAUAAAAAGUAUCAAUGCAUAUCGAGCAACAUUGGGCUCAGAGGAUUUUGAAACACUGAGCACCACUGAAGAAUUUUGCAAAUGGCUUGUCCAAAGUGGAGAAAGACAGAGACGGGGUUUCUCCAUGUUGACCAGUCUGGUCUUGAACUCCUGACCUCAGGUGAUCCACCUGCCUUGGCCUCCCAUAGUGCUGAGAUUACAGGAGUGAGCCACCAUGCCCCACCAGCAUUGCCUUUCUUGUUUGAAAUUUUACAGCUAUACUUUGUUGUGUAAUGUUAUGGUUCCCUUUUUGUAAAAUGUUAUUUUUGGUGAUCUAAAUAAAGCCUGUCUUGUUUGGAGAAAAAAAUAAAAAUAAAACUAGGAAUAAUACACAGGGCUUAGGUGGCUUGGAAUAUUAGUAAAAAGAUAUUUUUCUUGUAUCUUGAUACAUGAGAUCCUUCAAAUCCAGGACACAUCUAAUCUCUGGCUUUGUAAAUUUAAUAUUUUAAGUCAAAAUUGGCUUCCAUCUUUGGAUCUAGCUACUAGUUCUUUUCUUUUGCAGUAGUGGUUUUCUCUUGAUCUGACAGGUUUUUAUUAGCCACAAUUUUGUUUUCACAUUAAAAAAAGUUAUAGAGAA